CGAUCAUUUACGGUUUUACUAAAUAUCUCAUUGGUAAACAGAAAUCCGGUUAAACCCCUCUGACCAACAAGUAAUUUCGAAAUCGUCGCCGUGUCGCCAUUACAGAUUGAAUCAUGGCUGAUAAAAAGUGUAUGGCCGUUUUGAUUGUGAUUGGUGCGCUGGUUAUAAUGACAAUAGCUUUAAUAGCCACAUCAUUGAAGAAACUGGCAUCUGAUGAAAUUGGUAUAAAAUACGACACAAUCAACAAGGACUUAGGAUCAUCUACAGAGAGAGAGGGGUUGCACAAUGGUCCGCCUGGUUUUGAGUUCAUUAUAUUUCCAAGUGUUUACAAGUCUCUCGAGUUUUCCCUUAAGUGCCUGAAUAAGGAUGGCGUUCAGAUCAAGUUGGAUGUUACCUACCAGUACAAAGUACGCUCCGCCAAUCUACGAACGGUUAUUCUGAACUUCAGAAAUUUCACAGGGUACAAGCAAGUCCUCACGUAUGCAGGUUUGUAGUGAAGUGUAAAGUACAUGCACUAGUAUGUUGCUAUAGAUAUGGGUUGUGUAAAGUACUACUCUGUAGAUAUAGAUAUAGGUUGCUUAAAGUUCUACUAUGUAUAGAUAUAGAUCUACAUGUAUAUAUAGGUUGUGUAAAGUACUAUAAGUUGAUUUAGAUAUAGGUUGUGUCAAAAGGAGGGCUCAAUCAAGGACUGAAUGAAUGCCAAUGACACAAUUUCUCAGGAAUAUGGUCCUGGGGCUUUCAUCAUCAGAAAAUUUUGGUUUUUAAAAAUGAAUCAGAUGGGCCAGUCAAGAAACUUUCAGUAUAGUAUAGGAUUAAGUUUUAAUAUAGUAUAGGAUUAAGUUUUAAUAUAGUAUAGGAUUAAGUUUCAAUAUAGUAUAGGAUUAAGUUUUAAGUAUAGGAUUAAGUUUUAAUAUAGUAUAGGAUUAAGUUUUAAUAUAGUAUAGGAUUAAGUUUCAAUAUAGUAUAGGAUUAAGUUUUAAGUAUAGGAUUAAGUUUUAAUAUAGUAUAGGAUUAAGUUUUAAUAUAGUAUAGGAUUAAGUUUUAAGUAUAGGAUUAAGUUUUAAUAUAGUAUAGGAUUAAAUUUUAAAAAUAUGCUAUAUUAAGAUAUUGUUAUAUAAGAUUUGAAAGUGAUAUUAAGUACUGCCUGGUGACUUUAAACUGAUGUGUUUGUAAUUUAAAAAGGCCCCCUCCCAAAGUCUUCAACUGACUGGGCCCCCUCCCAAAGUCUGCAUCUGACUGGG